UCUUCACUGCACGCGUCACGCAGCUAUAAAAGUACCCGGGAAGCGCGAGACGCGAUUCAGAACCGAAAAACCACGAGCCAGUCACGGACAGAAGACCACCUGAAGCUCAUCUCACUCUCUCUUUCUCUCGCUCUCUCAGUGUGAGUGAUGCGUCCUCCGCUGUCUGUGCUCUUCGCCUGGGCUGCCUGCGCGCUCCUGCUGUGUCUGGCGGCGCUGGCGGAUGGAUACCCAACAAAACCGGACAACCCCGGAGAGGACGCGCCUGCCGAGGAGCUGGCCAAGUAUUACUCCGCCCUGCGGCACUAUAUCAACCUCAUCACAAGGCAGAGGUAUGGGAAACGGUCAAACGCUGAUGCAUUAACCUCAAACCUGCUGUUUGGAGACACAGACACCCGACAGCAGUCAAGAUACGAUGACCCAUUGAUGUGGUGAUGGCAGCCAGUGUCUGUAGCCGAACGUGUCUGUGCUCAUCUAGUCAACUUUUUCAGCGACAUCUGACCUCAUCAAAGAGUACCGCCAGCAAUCCAGCAAUGUUAAUAUGAUGAAUCUUUGCGAUCCUUUUGCCAUCAUCAGCAUGAACAAAAUGCUGAAGGAUGUCAGGGUGGAUAUGUCAAGUAGACUGAUAAUAGUUUGUUAAAGAGUGAGAAAAAGCAAUGGGUCUAUUCAGGACGUCUGUAAUGUUUUGGUCCUCUGAAUGCAUCCAUGUUGAGAAAUCUCCUCAUUUAUGUACAUCUAAGAUCAGUAAAGGGUCACUGAUUGCAUGCAGUCCCCCAGCAUCCCCUCUGUACAUAGACCUCCUGCAUUUAUGUCCAUCGCGUUUACUGUAACCAUAUUCAUAAAGAGAAAACGUUACUCACUGUACAGUAUAAAUGUGCUAAUAAACCACUAUAUUUGAAAGUGA